AUGCGUUUGGAAAAAUUGAAUGAAUGUUGGACACAAUACAAUGAGGUACAAAGCGAGCUGGAAACGAUGGACGUGGCAGAGGCGGAAGAUAGAGAAAUAUUCGAGAAUAUUUUUUUUCUCGUAAGCACGUUGAUAGAGAAGGCGGCUGAAGUGAUACAUUCGUUAGAGAUAUCGGAGAGUAAUUAUAUGGUCGCAUGGACCAUGCUCAAGGAGCGUUAUGAUAAUAAACGGCUCGUGAUUCAGAAUCAUAUUAAAGCUAUUUUUGAGCUACCCAGCGUAAAUAAAGAAAAUCAUGUAGUGUUGCGACAGCUAGUGGACGGUACUCUUAAGCAUAUGAGAGCCUUGAAUGCGUUAGGUCGGCGUACGGAAGCAUGGGAUGAUAUUAUCAUUUAUUUACUGUCCACUAAGUUAGAUAGCGUAAGCGUGAGGGAGUGGCAGACCAGUUUGUUAGAUACUAACAUGCCGUCGCUUAAGCAGAUGAUUGAUUUUUUAUUGCAUAAAUGUCAAGCGCUGGAAGCAAUUGAUAGGAAAGUACCAAAUGGUGUAGCGAUCAAUUUUAACGCAAGAAGCAAGAAUACGAGUUCUUAUUUAUCCACGAUAGAAGAUGCAUGUCCGAUGUGUGGACAGUCCCAUUUUUUGUUUUAUUGCGAGCAGUUUAGGGCGUUGUCCGUGGAUCAACGAUGGAAGGAGGUAAAGACACGGGAGAUGUGUGUUAAUUGUCUUCGCGCGCGUGACCAUUUGGUACGGAAUUGUAAGUCGCGAUCUUGCAAAUACUGUCACAAAAAGCAAAAUACUUUGUUGCAUAGCGAGGCACGUCUUGACCGGUCGGGUGUGACUUACGGAUCAGUGGGAGAGAUCGGCGGCGCUAGCACUGUGGUCGCCACCACUCGAUCUGUCGUGGCGGCGGGUGUGCCGCAAGUGCUGUUACCUAUGGCAUUGGUUUCGGUAUAUGAUAAAUUGGAUGGAGAGCAUACGUGUCGCGUGCUAUUAGACAGCGGUUCGCAAUCCAAUUUCAUAACAGCUAAAUUGGCGGGGCAGUUGGACUUGAAGCACGAAACGUUAAGAGUUUCGGUCACUGGCAUUGGCCAGUCGGUGAUGCAGGCGCAUCAGAAGGUGAAGAUUAAGAUAGGCUCACGUCAUAACGCAUUUCAGGUGGAAGCCGAUUGUAUUAUUGUAAGUAAGAUUGCGGAUCCGUUACCAAACUCAGCAAUUAAAAAAGAUAGCAUUUAUAUACCAAGAAACAUCAAGCUUGCGGAUCCGGGGUUUCAUCUGGCCUCCGGUAUCGACGUGCUGUUGGGCGCUGAAUUGUUUUGGCGGUUGAUGUGUAUAGGGCAAAUUAGAAGAUCUAGGGAGCAACCUACCUUACAAAAAACGCACUUCGGUUGGAUAGUAUCUGGGAUGGUACCGGCGGCGCAACGGGGUAGAGAAGACAAUAGGCGGUGUCAUGCUGCAAUUACCAAUACGGAAUUGGAUAAUCAAUUGAAUAAAUUUUGGCAGCUGGAGGAUUACGGAGCUGGACAGCUAUUAACGAGAGAAGAGCAGGUGUGUGAAGAGCAUUUUGUGCGGAAGGUACGAAGGAACUCUCAGGGUCGAUUCGUGGUUAGCCUUCCGAUCAGGGAGGAGAAAUUGGUACAGCUGGGUGAAUCCAAAGAAAUUACACUUAAAAGAUUUUAUGCGUUGGAAAGAAAGCUUAACAAGCAACCUAGUUUAAAGGAGCAAUAUUCAAGUUUCCUAAAGGAAUAUUUAGAUCUCGGUCAUAUGCGUAAGGUAGAGGAGUCGGAGAGUGUGAUCACACCACAUUAUUAUUUACCGCAUCAUGCGGUUAUUAAGGAGUCGAGUGCCACUACAAAACUGCGGGUGGUUUUUUAUGCAUCGUGUAAGACGAUUAAUAGCGGGACGUCGUUGAACGAUAUACUGAGGACGGGAGCAGUGGUGCAACAGGAUCUAAUGUCCAUUGUAACACGGUUUCGUACGUAUCGGUAUGUUUUGAAUGCAGACAUAUCCAAGAUGUAUCGACAGAUACAAAUUGAGCCUGAUCAAACAGCUCUACAAAGAAUUUUAUGGCGUAACAGCAGUAAGGAGAGUAUCGAGACGUAUGAAUUAUUAACGGUUGCAUAUGGUACGGCCCCUGCAUCAUUUUUGGCGACGAGGUGUUUAAAGUAUUUGGCGGAAACUGGGAGUGUGGAAUAUCCACGUGCGGCUAUCGUGGUGGCGCGAGAUUUUUAUAUGGACGAUUUGUUAACGGGUGCAAACUCGUUGGAGGAUGCGCAGAUAUUAAGAGAUCAGAUUAUACAAUUGCUUGCAAAGGGUUGUUUUCAGUUGAGAAAAUGGUCAUCCAAUUCGCAAGAGCUACUUCAAGGAGUGCGCGAUGACGCGGCGGAUUCGUUGUUGACCAUAGACAAAGAUGCCAACGAUCGCACGCUGGGAUUGCAGUGGUGCACAAUAGAGGAUCAUUUCCGGUUUGCAAUUCCCUCACCAGAUAAGACUUGGAUAACUAAGAGGGUGGUGCUUUCCCGCAUAGCACGGCUCUUUGAUCCAUUGGGCCUGAUCGGACCGGUGAUUACCUCGGCUAAGUUGCUGAUGCAGCAACUUUGGCAGUUGCGGAUUGACUGGGAUGCUUCGCUUCCGGCGGCAGUGCAUACCGAGUGGCUGCAAUUUGAGAGAAGUCUUCAGGAUUUGCAUGGGUUGCGAGUGCCGCGGUCAGUAAUGGAGGAUUAUCCGUAUGGAGUGGCGCAGAUUCACGGAUUCUGCGAUGCGAGUACGCGGGCGUACGGUGCGUGCCUUUAUAUACGUAUUAAAGAUGCUCGAGGCAGGCAUUCGUCUCGAUUGUUAUGCUCGAAGUCUAGAGUCGCGCCUGUAAAGUGUACAUCGUUGCCUAGAUUGGAGCUGUGUGGAGCGGUGUUGUUGACUCAAUUAAUGAGCAAGAUCGUGGAUAUUUUGAAUUUGGAGAUUGAGCCAUGGCUACGAUCUGAUUCAAGGAGAUGGAACACAUUUUUAGCGAACCGAGUUAGUGAGAUACAGCAGCGGAGCGACGCGAAUGAAUGGCGACACGUUGGAACUAGAGACAACCCUGCGGAUUUGAUAUCGCGCGGAAGUGCACCGGCACAGCUCGCGCAGUCGUCAUUGUGGUGGAAUGGGCCACGGUGGCUACAAGCGGAUGAUACAGAAUGGCCUGAUGCGACUGAGGAGCCGGGUGCGCAAUUAUUAUCUGAACAACGAAAGGUUGUAAGUAAUGUGGCAAUUAGCACAAUGAUUGACGAUGAGGACCGCGUUUUUAAGCGGUAUUCAGAUUUAGAUAAAUUGAUUGAUAUUACUGCGUUGUGUAGAAGAUUUUAUAAAAAUUGCAAGGAUAAAGAGAAACGGACGAUAGGUUCCUUAACGAUACAGGAGCGGGAUGAAGCGUUGCACGCAUUGUGUGGAUGGGUACAGAGCAUUCACUUCCAGAGAGAGAUUCGAGCGCUGGCGAGCAAUAAACAGAUGCACUCAUCAAGUGGCAUAUUGAAAUUGUCUCCUUUUCUGGAUCAACGGGGCAUUUUGCGGGUCGGAGAUAGAUUGACGAAUACUGACAUGCCCUACGCGGCAAAGCACCAAAUAUUAUUACCGGCCAAACACAUUUUAACGCAUCCAACUAAUAGACAAGCUCACGAAAAAAAUUUGCAUGCUGGAACACAGGCAACUAUGGCAGCAAUUAGACAAAAAUACUGGAUCAUUGCGGCGAGGGGUGUAGUUCGUGGAAUUAUAAGGAAAUGUAUCCCUUGUUUUAAAAGUAAGCCCGUGGAGUCGCGGGCGGUGAUGGGCAGUCUACCGAGUCAGCGGGUUCAGGUUUCGAGACCGUUCAGCGUGUGCGGAGUCGAUUAUGGCGGCCCGUUGUAUAUACGCGAAGGUCAGCGACGAAAUACGAAGACAAUUAAGGCAUACAUGGCUGUAUUUGUGUGUUUCGCUACUAAAGCAGUACACAUAGAGUUGGCGAGUGGAUUGUCGUCCGAGGCGUUUAUUUUCGUAUUGAAGAGGUUUAUGGCUCGAAGAGGUAAGGUAUCUCACAUUUAUUCGGACAACGGGACAAACUUCGUGGGAGCACAUAGCGAAUUGCAGGAAUUUCAUCGCCUAUUUAAUGAAGAACAGCAUAAAAGGCGUUUAGAAGACUUCUUGAGGAGCGAUAAUAUAACUUGGCAUUUUAUUCCUCCGCAGGCACCCAAUUUCGGAGGAUUGUGGGAGGCUGCCAUAAAAUCGACGAAAACGCAUUUGAAGCGAGUGAUAGGUCGGACCACCCUGAGUUAUGAAGAGAUGUAUACUUUGCUGAUUCAAAUUGAGGCUGUCCUUAACUCCCGUCCCAUAACUGCUUUAUCCGAGGAUCCAUCAAAUGAUUUGUCCUAUUUGACACCUGGUCAUUUUUUAAUUGGAGACGUGAUUAACAGUUUGGUUGAGCCCAGUUUAGAGCACUUAGGUCCCAGGCGUCUGUCUCGAUGGCAAAAUGUGGAGCAGCUGCGGCAGCAUUUCUGGAAGAGGUGGCAGAGCGAGUACUUGCAUCAGUUGCAGCAGAGGACAAAAUGGAAUGGGCCUCAGGGUGAAGCGCUGGCGACGGGACAGUUGGUUCUGGUGCGGCAGCUAGGAGUUCCUCCUCUGCAGUGGAUCUUGGGACGUGUUACAGAGGUGCAUCCGGGGUCCGAUGGAGUGGUGCGCACAACUAGUGUGACGACAGAGAGAGGGAUUUUGAAGCCACCCAUUUCUAAAUUAUGUAUUUUGCCAUUAGAGUUGUGA